AUGGAACAAUUAAAAGCAUUGGUGAAAAGCCGUUCCAGACUCAAGGGCAACAUCACACGUUGUCUUUCAUGGGCUGAGCAAGCCCAUGUGUCGGCAACACAAGCGGAGAUCUCCACGCGCAUACAACUUCUCCACAAAGUUUGGAAGGAGUUCAACCAGUUCGGCGAUUGCAUUGCUCUCCACGAGGAUGUAGAAGGCAUUGUGAAUGGCAGCAACGGUCUGCACUCCAACGGCGAUGCAAUUGUAAAUUUGCUACAACAAAACCAACAACUAUUUGAGCGACUGGCUGCAAAUCAGGCUCAUUCGAGCACGUCGGUUCAUGUUGGUGGUGACGUCUCUUUGGCGAAUUCAAGUUCGGUACAUGCGGCGAAUUCCAAUUUGAGUGAAUUGCCGAAAAUUCAAAUCAAAUGGUUCACUGGCAACUGGCAUAUUACCAAGUGGCCCUCUUUUCAAAACAUUUAUGAAAGCACAAUUCAUAACAAGCAACAUUUGUCCAACACCCAGAAGAUCCAUCACUUGAAAACACUUAUUGUUGAUGAGGCUGCCAACUUGGUACGGCACUUGGCCAUUACAGCUUACAACACCGCUUGGGAACGUCUGAAGGAAAGGUGCAAUCGUCCACGGCACAUUGUAAACUCAUUUUUGGAGCAGUUUAUGAGCCUACCAACAACUAGAAAAAUGGGACGCGAUUGCUGGAUCAUCUAUCUGGCCCUGGAGAAACUGGACGCCGACACGCGGCGUAGGUGGAAUGAGCGCAGCAUGGACACAGAUUCCCCCACUCUCGAGGAAUUCUUCAAAUUUCUGGAUUCUCGUUGCGAGGAACUGGAACUGAGUAAAAGGGAGCUUGGGACUUGUAGUAAGACAACAACACAUGCAGAAAAACCAAAAAGGGUCACACAAUCGAUGGUUGCGGUCGAAGGCAGUGGCUGGACCAAAUGUAAUUCAACAGAACACACUCUGUAUAACCGUCAGCUGUUCUUGGAUAUGUCUGGGAUGCAGAGGCGAUCCUUCGUAAAGGAGAAAUCACUGUUCUACAACUGCUUGCGACCUGGUCAUGGAAUAGCAGGCGAGGACGAGCGAAACAUAGGUGCGUCCAACAACACUUCGGUGACUCUCAGUCAUUUCGCCCAAGGAGAGGGCACUCAAUUAGUUGUAUGUGCACAGGGCACUGCAAAAUCUGCACAGGAAACGGAAGUUAAGCGAAGCAUAUUACCAACUGCCAUAGUUUCGUACGUAUCCGAGCGUUGCAUUCAAGCUCUCGGAUUGACAAGUUCGGCAUCACGCAUCUUGGUUACGGGAAUCUCUUCGGUGAAAGCAGAUACGACAAGGAGAUGCAGCACCUUGCAUAUCAAGACCCAUAUCUCCGAGGAUCAUUUGGUUGUCUACGCCCACGUGCUAGGCAGAAUUACUUCUUCGCUGGAACGCCAAAACAUCGAUGCAUCGGCACUCGAGGCAUUCAAGGAUCUGCAGUUGGCGGAUACAGAAUUCAACACAAACUCACCUGUUGACAUUCUAUUGGGAAGCGAACACGUAUGGUCGGUGUUUACAGGACGAAAGAUGUACGACAACAAGGGUAAUCUUAUCGCCAUUUCUUCGGUGUUCGAAUGGGUAAUAACAUCACUCAUCACAUCAAAUCCAAGCAACGCUAUUGCACUGACUGCAAUAGUAGACAUAGGCGCCACGCUUCAGAAGUUUUGGGAUUUGGAAAACGUUCAAAGCAGAGCAAAACUGGAUCCGGAGGAUGAUCAGGUCGAGAAGCACUUUCUCGCCACUCACAGUCGCGAUGAAAACGGGAAGUAUAUCGUGGAUCUUCUAUUCAACACAGAAAACCCCGAUUUCGGAGAAACUCUGCAAGGAGCGCUCAAACGCUUUAAAUCGGUUGAGCGGCGGCUGCAACGGAACGACCAGCCGUACAUAGUACUUCUGGGUCGGAAGCUACGAGUAGUUUUCGAUGGAUCUUCUCGUGAUGCCAAUGGUAAGGCUUUAAAUGACUCCCUGUUUACAGGUCCCAGUAUCCAGCGCGAUCUAUUCGCUGUGUGCCUUCGUUUUCGAAUGUACAAAUUUGCAUUCUCAGCGGAUAUCGUAAAAAUGUUCCGCCAGAUAUGGGUCAACGAAAAGCACAGAAACUCCCAGAAAAUCGCUUGGAGAGAAUGGAUGGAUCUUUAUCCAUCCGAUCUUAUCAAGCAUUUCCAAUUGUGUACAGUAACCUACGAAACUUCAUGCGCACCAUUCCUGUCUGAGCGAGUGUUGGAACAACUUGCUGUCGAUCAUCAAGAGGAAAACCCAAAUGCGUCGAAAAUCCUGCUGGAGGAUUUCUAUGUAGAUGACGUUCUUACUGGGUCAAACACAUCGGUGAAAAGCCGUUCCAGACUCAAGGGCAACAUCACACGUUGUCUCUCAUGGGCUGAGCAAGCCCAUGUGUCGGCAUCACAGGCGGAGAUCUCCACGCGCAUACAACUUCUCCACAAAGUUUGGAAGGAGUUCAACCAGUUCGGCGAUUGCAUUGCUCUCCACGAGGAUGUAGAAGGUUACGUCGAUCCGGAGAUGGAUAACGCAAUUUACGAAGAAAAGUACCUAAGGGCGAAAGCAAUUCUCAAGGACAGAAUGCUCUACAACCAAGUACAUCUACAGGCAUUGUGA